AUGCCCGUCCGCAUCCGCGGCCAGCGGCUGCGGGGCUCUAAAAACGGCGUCAAAGUCGCGCUGCACCAGCCGACGCACACGCUGUGCCUGGAUGAAGUAGUUAUCCAUGGCGUCGGCGCUGAGACUGAAGGCGCCCAGGAGAAUGCGCCGCUUCACCUCCGCGCCGAACCCCUCGCCACGUGUCUUCGCGUACAGGUAGUCAUCUGCGCGGCCGCUGUUGUCGGGACCCUCGCUGCGCGUGCCGUACCGGACGCCGUCGUAUUUGGCGAGGUUAGACGAGGCUUCUGCAGGCGCGAGAAUGUAGUAGGCGGACAGCGCGAGCUUGGUGGCGGGGAGGCUGACGGGACGGAUGAUGUGGCCUUGCUGUUGCAGAUGUUCUAG